AUGAACAGCAGCAACAGUUACUUUAAUUUUGUAAUCAUGUGGCAAAGCAGAAAAAUAUCUGCAAUGUAUUUCAUGGACAAAGAUUCCAAACUGUCUAACUUAUUUCAACAGGCGAGCAGUCCUACCACAGGAACAGCUCCCAGGAGUCAGUCACGGUUGUCUGUCUGCCCUUCCACUCAGGACAUUUGUAGGAUCUGUCACUGUGAGGGAGAUGACGAAAGUCCCCUCAUCACACCAUGUCGCUGCACAGGGACCCUGCGCUUUGUUCAUCAGGCCUGCCUGCACCAGUGGAUUAAGAGCUCAGACACGCGCUGUUGUGAACUCUGCAAGUACGACUUUAUAAUGGAGACCAAGCUCAAACCUCUUCGGAAGUGGGAGAAACUACAGAUGACGACAAGUGAGAGAAGGAAAAUAGUUUGUUCAGUCACAUUCCAUGUAAUUGCAAUUACCUGUGUUGUUUGGUCAUUGUAUGUUUUAAUUGAUAGAACCGCUGAGGAAAUUAAACAAGGCAAUGAUAAUG